UCUAUGGGCAGCACGAAUGGCUAACACACCGCUGUAUCAUCAGCUCGGCCGACUCUCUUUCUCCGCGGUUAGCAUCAUAGGCUGCAUUUAUCUCAUCUUAUGUCUCGUCUUCCUUGGCUACUACCAUAGCUCGAGCUAUCGCGAUCCCACGUCUUUGUUCUUCGACCCCAGCCCAGAGGCAUUUCUUGCCUCCGCCAGCAGCUUAGCGUCUCCGACGAGAGAACACCAGGGGCCCCCAGCGGUGUGCGUGGGAAUAGUAACGGUUCGUCGAAGGGGUGAUCAAUAUGUUGGCUUGACAGUGGCGUCUCUCCUGGAUGGACUCACUGAGACCGAAAGAAACAUGAUGCGUUUAUACCUUCGUGUUGGCAACACUGACCCGAAAGAGCACCCCAUCUUCUCCGAGAAGUUGGAUGACCCCGACUUCGGACAGCUACGAGCGUGGGAGGAAGGUGGCUGGUACCGGAACAAGACCAUCUACGACUUCACAACCUUGAUGAAGGACUGCUAUGAGACCGGUGCCGACUAUGUCGUGAUGAUAGAAGAUGAUACCCUGGCAGUGAAUGGCUGGUUUCCAUCUGCCUUGCAAGCUCUGGACACAGUGCAUGAGAAGGCUGCACGUCAAGGUCAAGAGUGGAUUUAUCUCCGCCUGUUCUACGUCGAUGGCCUCCUAGGCUGGAAUUCGGAAGAAUGGCCGCAAUACCUGGCGUGGUCCUUCAUUCUCUGGGCGUUACUUACAGGGACAAUGGUUGUCUUCAAGGCACGAGUGUUCACAACGCAGCUCCGUCGGUUCCCGACCAGUGCCAUCUGGCUUGCAUCGUCCCUGCUUAUACCCGGUGCGAUUCUUCUUUUCUUCGUUUCCGGCCGGCAAACAAUGUGGCCCAUUGCCCCUGGAGUCCAUGAAAUGAACAAAUACGGAUGUUGUUCGCAGGGUCUUGUUUUCCACCGAGCGAUGGUACCCCGCUUUCUUGAGCAGACUGACUUGACGACUGACUGGUUGGUUGAUAUGAUGGUUGAAACGAUUGCGGACAGCCAGGGCUGGACGCGCUGGGCUGUGGUUCCGCCGUUACUACAGCAUAUCGGCGCGACGAGUUUCAAAGGAUAUGGGUUUGACAGCUCCGCCAAGACCUAA